AUGCGUCGAAGGGGUGGCGGCAACCACAACAAUCGCGGUAAUGGACACCGAAACAAGCGCAAGCACUUGCCCUUCAACGGCGACAAAAACAACCUGAAUCGUGGAAACAACAAUGACCGCAAUAAUCGUCCAGAUAAACCCUGGGGCGAUCGGGCCUCACGGUACUGCGACCAGUGCGGGACGAACCCAACCCAUGAUACCGCUCACUGCUUUUUUCUGAACAAACAGAACGACAAAAGUAAUCAGAACAAGAACAGGAAUCAGAACAACAGUAGUCUUGGAUCCCCACUCUGUAGCCAAUGCGAGCGCAGAGGCCAUCACACCAACCAGUGCAAAGCCAUAAAAGUGCCCGAGGAAGACCGUUGCACUUGCGGAAAUACCUACCAUACUGAGGACUACUGUCAAUUUAAGACCGAUCCUGAGGAAAGGGCCCGCCAGCUGGGUCAGCCCGUGGCGUUCAGAAACGAGAUGUGGAAGAUAAUAUUCGAGCCUUAUAGGCGACACAAGUGGUGUUAUCACUGCACGGCCGAUGACCACAUAACAAAGGCCUGCGAGACUACGCAAGCCUAUCAGAAGAGCAAGGAUUGGGAAGGCAAGAUUGAUCUCAUCGUCGAAGUCGAAGUGGAACGCAUAGACCCUAUCACGCCUGCCGGCGACGCCUUGGGCGAUGUCUCGAUGGCUGACGGCACCCUGGCACGCACCGGCCCUCCAAGUGCUCAGGAAUUUGAGUGGUGUAUAUUCUGUGAGAAUUUUGACAUGGUCGCUUUACGUCGCCACGGCAAAGAUAAAUGCAAUACCCAGGAGUUCAUGGCGCGGAUGCCAGCGAGAUUUCGCGCGGUAGGUGAAAAGGCUCAGCCUCCGGGCUAUCAACCUCAGGCCCUCCAGCCCCAAGCCUGUCAACUUCAGGCUUAUCAGCCCCAAGGAGGUCAUCACAUGGUGACGCGCUCCAAAGCGAGAAACCAAAUCAGAAUUCCGAGCCCGCCUGUCGACCCAUGGGGAGAGGUCCUGGUACUGUGUGAGACGUACAACUGCGGCGCUCACCUGGUAUUCAAUCUUGGGAAUACUACCGAGGACGGGUACUGUGAGAGAUGUCGACGAAUGAUGCGAAAUCCCUUUCGCGGCAUGACUGAAAAGUUGUCACAGGAAAUGUCUGCAAUGGGGGUCGAGGAACUGGAGCGUGCGCUCCAAGAGCAGUUCCCCCAGCUGGCCGGCAAGCUCGUCGCGGAAAAGAAGCCACAGCCUAGCGCUUAUGGUAGGCCCAGCGUUUGGCUUCCGAAACAAAGCCUAGCCGUCGACGAAUGGCCUGAGUCGCAGCCCAUCUACCGAGAUGUGAAGAUUCAGGAUCCUCAGUCGCGCGAGUGGGUCUCCAUAUUCAAAGAUGGGGGAACUUUCUUCAAUCAUCCCGGGAAUUUCCAGCCCUAUUUCCCCCCCACUUUGGUCAGACUAACGUCCUGGCAUUUGAAGCACGCAGAAGAUGGAAACAAUCCCAUCAACAAGGUGGCAAAACGGGGCCUUGAAUUUGUAUGCGUAGGCUGUAAGACGCCUAGCGUUGUUCGCGAUGCUGAAGACGACGUAGUCAUGUGUGAUACCGACCCAGCAUGUACCCUGGGCUGCGGCACUGGAACGGUGGAAUUUUGUAACCCGUGGAAUAGGCAGACGUGUGUGUGUCCGGUCACAUUUUUGCACGAUCCUCAGAGGUUAGGGUACUGA